AUGAACUCCGACUCAAUCCUCGACACUCUACUCGAUGGCGGCUACCUACCCAACGCCGUGAUCCGCGCGGGAAUCCGGCGUCAACUUGCCGACCGGAUCAGACUCAUCCAAAGCACCUCUCUCGAGGAAGCCUACAAGCGCAAAAUGAGCUACGUAGAGCUCCUUCGAAGCAGACCAAUUGCUAUCGAGACCGCUGCUGCCAACGAGCAGCACUAUGAAGUCGGUACUGGGGUUCUGGCCGCUUGCUUGGGACCUAGGAUGAAGUACUCAUGCUGUUUGUACCCUAAGGGCGGUGAGACGCUGGCGCAGGCUGAGGUCGCUAUGUUGGAGACUUAUGUCAAGAAGGCGCAAUUAGUGGAUGGCAUGAGUAUUUUGGAUCUUGGGUGCGGGUGGGGCUCUGGAGCGUUGUACUUUGCUGAAGUCUUGCCGAACUCCUAUAUCACGGCUUUCUCAAAUUCGAGAACGCAGAAGAUUUAUAUUGAUUCCAAGGCUAAGGAGAAGGGUCUCAUGAACUUGAAGGUCAUCACUGGGAAUGUGGUUGAUUAUGAGUUUGAGAAUGAGAGCUUUGAUCGUGUUGUUUCUAUCGAGCUUUUCGAGCAUAUGAAGAACUACGAGCUUCUCAUGGCCAAGGUCUCAAGAGCUCUGAAGCCAGCGGGAAAGCUAUUCGUUCACAUUUUCGCCCAUAAGACCAGCCCCUAUGACUUUGAAGACGGCUGGAUGAGCACUCAUUUCUUCUCGGGAGGAACGAUGCCUUCUGCAGACCUCCUUCACUUCUUUCAAAGGGACUUGAAAUUGGAGACUCAGUGGUGGGUAUCAGGCAAGCACUAUGCCAGGACUUGCGAGGACUGGCUGGCUACCAUGACUGCCAACAAAAAGCAGAUCUGGCCUCACUUGACUGAGACCUACGGAGAGAAGGACACUGCCAUGUGGUACUACCGAUGGCAGAUCUUCUACAUGGCGUGCGCAGAGCUCUUUGCGUAUGAGGGCGGAGAUACCUGGGGCAUAAGCCAUUACUUGUUCGAAAAGCCCGCCUCAAUCUAA